AACCAAUUGAACCGAACGAACCGAAUUUCCAAUUGGCUUUAAUCUCAGUAGAUGUGCCACGCCACUAUUGAAGCUCUGACCAACGACAUUUCCUUCCCGUUGAACAACUAACUUCCUUCUGACAUUGGCGACAGGCCAUCAUAAUAGAGACCUGAGCGCACGCGUUGGCUUCUUUCCUUGGAUCGUUCUUUUUCUUUGCCUUUUUCUGUUCGUUCGUCCCAUUUAGCUUCUAUGGUUCCUUAGUUGGCAAUCUUCAGUUGCAAUGUCGGUUCGCGUCGUCGCCAGGAUAAGACCUCUCCUCGAGAAGGAACUCGAAAAGGAUAUUAUUGUUCGUCCUCACGGCCAAGAAGGGAAACAGCCAAAUGUCGUCAAGAUCCCGAGCCCGAAGAAUCCAUCUGAAGAGUUUUCUUUCACCUUCAACAGCGUCUACGACCUGUCGACUUCACAGGAGACUUUGUUUACAUCCGAAGUUGCUCCUCACGUCAAAUCCCUCUUCCAAGGUCUCGACGUCACGAUUUUCGCUUAUGGCGUCACCGGUACCGGCAAGACGCACACGAUGCGCGGUGGCCUUAGACUGGCAGAACGCGGAGUGAUUCCCCGUCUUUUGUCUGCCGUUUUCCGUCGCGGUAAAAAGAUCAUGAAAGACUCGGACGGCGAAACGAUCGUUGACGUUGCCCUGUCAUACUACGAAAUCUACAACGACAAGGUCUUUGACUUGCUCGAGCCCCCAGAGAAGCGAACCCCGUCAGGCCUACCUCUGCGUGAGGCCAACAACAAGACCUAUGUCGUUGGCUUGUCCGAAAGGCAAUGCGUAGACCUCAAAGACUUUGAGAAUCUCUACAUCGAGGCAAACAACAAUCGUGUCACGGCAGCUACCAAGCUCAACGCCCACAGCAGUCGCAGUCAUGCUAUUCUUCGCGUCAAGGUUACUCAAACUACUGGGGACAUGGUCAAGGAAAGCACAGCCUCUGCCAUAGACCUUGCCGGAUCCGAAGAUAACCGCCGCACAGACAAUGGCAAGGAGCGUCUGGUCGAAUCUGCGGCAAUCAACAAAAGCCUGUUUGUUCUUUCGCAGUGUGUCGACGCCAUAUCUCGCGGCGAGAAGCGCAUCCCGUACCGAGAAUCAAAGAUGACAAGGAUUUUGUCAUUGGGACAGAACAAUGGCAUCACCAUCAUGAUCCUCAACCUCUCACCCAUGCGUGCGUACCACCUCGAUACUCUCAGCAGUUUGAACGUGAGCUCGCGUGCGAAACGCAUCGAGGUUCGUGAGAUCGAGAACGAGGUUGUGUAUAAGCAAUUCCCUCGCACCAACUCUGGCGGCCCAGCCUUAGGCAGGCAGCCGCUACGACCCCUUGCCAACGCUCACAAUACUGCCGCCAUCUCCAAACCCGGCUCCACAUCUGCUGCUGACAAGCCAGAGAAGGAGAAGCCUACGAAACUGUUCAGUGUCUACAAAAGUCCCGCGCCGGCAAAGCCACCCAAGCCUGCUGCACUCGCUCUGGCCAACAAGCCUACCACAGCCAACAUGUCGAUGCCGCGGGCGAAAGCAGCGCCGGUCAGCCCCACGAAACGCAAGCCCGAAACGACUGAGUCAAACCUCAGCAUCCCACGCCCCUCAAAACUGAUCCGCCCUUCACAAACCAUCCCAAGGCAGCUGCUUGCCCCCUCGGCAGUGCCAUCCUUUCCUUCCAUGACUGCUGAGCAGAUCGAGGCUAUGGUUGAGCGCAAGGUCGCCGAGGUGCUGGCCGCUCGUGCGGCUGCCGAAACGCAAGCUGCACCUGCCGAACCUCCCAAGGAGAUCAGUGAGGCCGUUCAGAAACGGCUCGACGAGCUGGAGAGGAAAAUUGCCGACAGCAACCGCGAAGACGAUGGGCCUUCCCAGGGUCUUCGACUCAUCCUGCAAGCCCGGCAAUGCAAAGAACAAGGCGAUGAAGAGGGUGCCCUCCGCGCGUACGAGGAGGCUCUACGCUUCUUUCCGGGCCAGGCCAAACUGCUCCGCAAGAUUCAAAAGCAAAAGGUCAUCCUCGGCAUUGUUGAUGAUGAAGAAAAGCCCCAGCCGGCGCGCGUAAAACCCGCCCGCGAGGCAAGCACGGAUAGUGACUUUCACGGUACGGAUGGUGAUGUGGACGACGACGGCGAUAGCCUUGCAGAGGAAAAGACUGCGCGCGCACCACGCAAGAAGAAGCAGACCCGGAGGGCGGUAGCAUCGGAUGGCGAAUACCCGCAGGAGCUUAUGACGCCUCGCAAGAAGCAGCUCCUCGACAUUGUCAACUCGCGCAACACGGAGCUAAUCAUGAGCCUGACGGGGUUCGGAGCCAAGAAGGCGCGCGAUUUGGUUGAGAACCUGGCGCUGCUUGCCGUUGAUGGCGAUAGCGACGCGCCGCAGAUUAGCAGCUUGGCCCAGCUGCGGUCAGUCCCUGGCAUGGGUGGGCGGACCGUGGACAGGGCUUACGAGGGACUUGGUGCAGGUGCACCCGAGACUGUCACGGCGUAAAGCUGUUGGACUAUUUGCUCGUCUCGGUCUUUAAAUAUCGGGAGUUUGGUGGCAUGGAGUGUUCUUUUUUUCUCUUCAUCUCAAACAUUGCAUUGGCGAGGCGUUUUACCGGGGCAGCAUUUUUCUAAUCUUUUCCUGCUGCGUAUUGCUAUUUAACAAAGUUUAUUUUGACUUUUCGCCUUAUUCCCCUUAUGCUUCAAUUUCGAUUCGAUUACUUUCUAUUCUUCUUUUUUCUCUUGAUGCGUGCAUUGCCUGGCUGGCGACAAAUACCGUCAUCCCAACAGACUUGCUACCGUUGGUUAAUGGAAUGACUUGACUUUUCUAAACAUAUGAUAUUACUGAGGAUAGUUACUCGCCACUUUUCCUGCCUUUUCGGCCUAUCCUCGGGACAAGUCUGGGUAGUUGGACGGGUUGUGGACAUUAAUAGCAACCAGGCAAGAUUCUCAUGUUUUCAAAUCAACUACCUUGAACCUAGAUACCUAGUUAUCUAGGUAUGGUAGGUAGGUGAGGCGAAACAUGCGCAACUGCUACGAGUGGAUGAUUUUGAUCCAUAGCGGGCAGAACGAGGAG